UUGAUUGGCUUGAAGUUCCCCGCGAAAAUUACGUCACGCUGAGUUUCGCGCCACAUCUCCAGCAGCUUCAGGACGUGUUGAUUACGCGGAGAUAUCUGAGCAACUAUGUCUUCUCCAACUUCUUCUCCUGGAGGCCGCAAACGUGGAAGAAGCAGCAACCCUUCGACUCCCAGCGGCGGAGAGGGCGUCACCUCUCCUCCGUCUCAGCGCCGCAGAGGUCAGGACUCGUCCACCGGGGACUUGAUGCCGAUGCCGACCUCCCCGCCCACCGACAUGCUGAGUCCGGCAGCGCCGCAGGACACGUCUCUGAUGUCCUCCCCACGUCCAUCAGUUUUGCCUCACGACGUGGACAUGAGCUCGCCGCUGGUCUAUGGUACGCCCAGCUCCAGGAUGGAGGGGACGCCUCGCAGCGGUGUGCGUGGGACGCCGGCCCGGCAGCGUCCUGACCUCGGCUCGGUCAGGAAGGCGCCGCAGGUGGACCUGCAGUCCGACCCGGCCAAUACGGACGCCGCCGCCAGCGAGGCAGGCGCCGGGCAGCGACUCGUCAUCUGGGGGACGGACGUGAACGUGGCCACCUGCAAGGAGAAGUUCCAGAGGUUUCUGCAGAGAUUCGUGGACCCGAACUCCACCGAGGACGAGAACGCCGGCCUGGACCUGAACGAGCCGCUCUACAUGCAGAAGCUGGAGGAGAUCAGUGUGGUUGGAGAUCCCGUCUUGAAUGUGAACUGUGGUCACAUUCAGUCCUUCGAUGCGGAGCUCUACAGGCAGCUCGUCUGUUAUCCUCAGGAAGUGAUCCCGACCUUUGACAUGGCGGUGAACGACCUUUUCUCCGAGCGUUUCCCCGACUCCUUCCUGGAAUAUCAGAUCCAAGUGAGACCGUACAACACGCAGAAGACCCGGAACAUGAGGAGCCUGAACCCAGAGGAUAUUGACCAGCUGAUCACGCUGAGCGGGAUGGUGAUCCGGACGUCGCAGCUCAUCCCGGAGAUGCAGGAGGCCUUCUUCCAGUGUCACGUCUGCAGCUUCAGCACGCGCGUCGAGGUGGACCGCGGCCGCAUCGCCGAGCCCGCCGUCUGCCGCCACUGCAACACCACCCACAGCAUGGCGCUCGUCCACAACCGCUCCGUCUUCUCCGACAAGCAGAUGAUUAAAGUCCAGGAGUCUCCGGAGGACAUGCCGGCCGGUCAGACGCCGCACACCACCGUGGUCUAUGGCCACAAUGACCUGGUGGACAAAGUGCAGCCAGGAGACAGAGUCAACAUCACCGGGAUCUACCGAGCCGUCCCGAUGCGCGUCAACCCACGCCAGAGCAACGUGAAGUCCGUCUACAAGACGCACAUCGACGCCAUCCACUUCCGGAAGACGGACGAGAAGCGGCUGCACGGCCUGGACGAGGACGCCGAGCAGAAGCUGUUCACCGAGGACCGCGUGCAGCGCCUCAAGGAGCUGGCCGCCAAGCCCGACGUGUACGAGCGCCUCGCCUCCGCGCUGGCGCCUAGCAUCUACGAGCAUGAGGACAUCAAGAAGGGAAUCCUGCUGCAGCUGUUCGGCGGCACUCGCAAAGACUUCAGCCAGACGGGUCGGGGGAACUUCCGGGCCGAGGUGAACAUCCUGCUGUGCGGCGACCCGGGAACCAGCAAGUCGCAGCUGCUGCAGUACGUCUACAACCUGGUGCCGCGCGGCCAGUACACGUCGGGGAAGGGCUCCAGCGCCGUGGGCCUCACCGCCUACGUCAUGAAGGACCCGGAGACGCGGCAGCUGGUGCUGCAGACCGGCGCGCUGGUGCUCAGCGAUAACGGCAUCUGCUGCAUCGACGAGUUCGACAAGAUGAGCGACAGCACGCGCUCGGUGCUGCACGAGGUCAUGGAGCAGCAGACGCUCUCCAUCGCCAAGGCGGGAAUCAUCUGUCAGCUCAACGCUCGCACGGCCGUGCUGGCCGCCGCCAACCCGGUGGAGUCUCAGUGGAACCCCAAAAAGACGACCAUCGAGAACAUCCAGCUGCCCCACACGCUGCUGUCCAGGUUCGACCUGAUCUUCCUCAUGCUGGACCCUCAGGACGAGGCGUACGACCGGCGCCUGGCCCACCACCUGGUGUCGCUGUACUACCAGAGCGAGGAGCAGAUGGAGGAGGAGUUCCUGGACAUGGCCAUGCUGAAGGACUACAUCGCCUACGCGCGCACGUACAUCAGCCCCCGUCUGAGCGAGGAGGCCAGCCAGGCGCUCAUCGAGGCGUACGUGGACAUGAGGAAGAUCGGCAGCGGGCGGGGGAUGGUGUCGGCGUACCCCCGCCAGCUGGAGGCCCUGAUCCGGCUCGCCGAGGCGCACGCCAAGGUGCGCUUCUCCGAGAAGGUGGAGACCAUUGACGUGGAGGAGGCCAAGCGCCUGCACCGGGAGGCCCUCAAGCAGUCGGCCACCGACCCCCGCACAGGCUUCGUGGACAUCUCCAUCCUCACCACAGGUAUGAGCGCCACGGCUCGGAAACGCAGAGAGGAAGCAGCCCAGGCUCUGAAGAAGCUGAUCCAGACCAAAGGAAAGACCCCCGCCAUGAAAUACCAGCAGCUGCUGGACGACCUGCGAGGACAGUCAGAGACCGCGAUCACCAAGGAGCUGUUUGACGAGGCGCUGCGGGCCCUGGCCGACGAGGACUUCCUGACGGUGACGGGGAAAACCGUCCGCCUGCUGGCCUGAAGCUCUGCUCCACCUCUGUACAGUCUCUCUGUCCUCAGAUCAAUGUUUCUGUUUAAGUUUUUGGUCUUUAAAUCCUUCAGAUUGGCCACAGAUUACCUGAUGCAGAUUAAAAGACUUGUAUUAUUUAAAAUAAUUCUGUUUUCUCCUGUUUAGGAAACGGUAAUGGUAAAAACUGAGUCAAACAUGUACAUUAUUGCCCAAGUUUCUUUCAUUUUGAUGUUAGUCAUUUUUUUCUUGUUACUUAUUUACUGGUCUUCAAGGGUUUGUAGAUCAAUAGAAUUAAAAAAAAUAAUAAAAUGCUUAC